UCAACAGCGUGCAUGGUGCGUAGCAGUCGCAGCAUCAGGGCGAGCGGGCGUGGAUCACUCCUGACGACUCGUCUUAUGAUUUGGGUGGAGAUCCAGUGAGAGGAGAAGAGAUGGAAAGAAGAGGGUCGCUGCUUCCUCUCAUCCUAAUUGCUGUGCUGCUGACCGAUGUCGCUGCCAAGAAGUGCGUGUGCAGGGGAAAGUCACCAUGUCACUGUGAAGGAGUCAAAGGCAACAGGGGAGACAGGGGUCUUCCAGGAAGUCUCGGCCCUCCGGGACCAGAAGGCCACAGGGGAAUAAAAGGUCACGCUGGGCCAAACGGACUAAAGGGCAACACUGGGCCUGAUGGGCCUGUUGGCCUCCUAGGAGACCCGGGUCCCGAAGGCAAAGAGGGAUUUGCAGGCUCGCACGGUUUACCGGGCAUUCCGGGUCUGCAGGGCCCACCUGGGGAACCGGGGGCUCCAGGGUGCAAUGGAACAGAUGGAGAAGAUGGAUUUCCUGGUGCUAAUGGUGUCCCUGGACUUGAUGGACUCCCUGGUCCUCUGGGUCCUCCUGGACCAAAGGGUCAGUCUGCAGUGUCAGUUGGGGCAAUUCCGGGGCCACCAGGACUUCCAGGGAGAACAGGAGUACCGGGAGCGCCAGGUUUCCAGGGAAUACCUGGGCCACAGGGAGACUCGGGAUCACGUGGACAUGAUGGGCUUCCAGGCUCUGCAGGGCUUCCGGGGUCGAAGGGUCAAGGAGGCAUAGGUAUUCCAGGACCAGCUGGACCAAAGGGAAGACAAGGCCCUCCAGGCCCACCUGGAUCACCAGGUCGCAUCAGGGAGUUUUUCACUGAGAGUCUCGUGUUAAAGGGAGCAAAAGGAGACCCAGGGGAUACCGGAGAAAAAGGUUGCAAAGGUCCUCAAGGAGACCCUGGUGAUGGCUACCACACAAAAGGAGCAAAGGGAGAUAAAGGUCAAGUGGGUCCAGAGGGAAAGCUGGGGAAGGAUGGUGAACCUGGACCAGCAGGAUUUAUGGGAAGGCCCGGUCCCAGAGGUGCGCCAGGAUAUCCAGGGGAAACGGGAGGGACGGGUGCUAAGGGCGAUCGAGGUCAACCUGGUCAACCUGGGGAAACGACGAUAGUGGGACCUGUGGAUGUCCUGCUGAAAGGAUACAUGGGAGAACCAGGUGAUCCAGGCCAACCUGGACGUACUGGACGCCAAGGCAAUGUGGGAUUUCCUGGACCUGAUGGACCGCCAGGAGAUUCAUCUGAUCGACAAGGGCCACGAGGUCCUGACGGUUCUCCGGGUCCCAAGGGAGAUCCUGGUGACCCGGGUGAUCAUUAUCCAGGCCCUUCUGGUCCAGAAGGAGAUCCUGGUGAACCAGGACUUCCAGGUGAUCGAGGCCCACCUGGACUACCUGAAGACAAAGAAAAGACAAUUCUCAAAGGGCUGCCGGGAAUGAAGGGUGUCAAGGGUAUGCCCGGGCCAGGAGGAUACGACGGGAUGUAUGGAAUGAAAGGGGAUAAAGGCGAGCGCUGCGUUGAUUGCGUGAGGGAAGGCGUACCAGGCCCACCAGGUCGGCCAGGUCUGCCAGGAUUACCAGGACUUAAUCAAGGACCGGGAGUUAAAGGUGACUCGGGUUUCCCAGGAAGUCGGGGCUUGCCUGGAAGUCCGGGUUCUAUCGGUACACCAGGUGCACCGGGCUUCCCUGGACAAAAGGGAGAGCCGUUUUCUGAAUUCAGACCAGGAGAAAAAGGGGAGAAAGGAGACACGGGACAUAUUGGCAGGCCUGGAAACGAUGGCCACCCUGGGUCUCCAGGACUGCGAGGUCUCAAAGGUGUCCAGGGCCCUCCAGGGGAUUCGUUUAGUAGAGAGGGAGCAAAAGGUUUUCCAGGUCCACCAGGGCUUUCGGGGAGACCAGGACUACAAGGAUACCCUGGAGCAGAGGGGUAUGGGCCUGCUGGACCUCUAGGAACCAAGGGCAAUUUGGGGGUACCUGGGUUCCCUGGGUCACCUGGAUUUCCAGGCCAGAAAGGAGAACCAGGCUCCAUUCAUGUAAAAGGCCUUCCUGGACCACCUGGGUAUAAAGGUCAAGAAGGAUUACCAGGAAGGCCAGGUGUUCCAGGCACUCCAGGUUUUAUCGGCAGGCCUGGCUUCCCAGGACAGAAAGGGGAAAGAGCAGAUGAAGCAUAUCCUGGACCAUCAGGGUUCCCGGGAGAGAAAGGUGACAAGGGGUCGCCGGGAAUCCCAGGUCUCCCGAGUAUCGGCCCUCCUGGUCUGCCAGGUCGACAGGGCCUUCCUGGUCUUCCAGGAGUGAAGGGUGAUGGUGGUUAUGGACUGCCAGGACCUAGAGGCCCACCAGGCCUUCCUGGAAAUGAUGGUGCUCAAGGGCCUGGAGGAGAUCCUGGAAUACCUGGCUCACCAGGGAAUCCAGGAUUACCAGGAAAUCCAGGGUCAUCGGGGGAAAAAGGAAAUAAAGGAGAAACUGGCCCAGAGGGACCAAAAGGUAGUAAAGGCUCAUGUGAGCCUCUUCCUGGACCAGCGGGGCCACCAGGACUAGAUGGCAAUCCGGGACUGCCAGGACCGGAUGGGCUGCCAGGUGAAAAGGGAAACAGAGGAUUCCCUGGGUUUGGUAAACCUGGCCCUCCAGGUGAACCGGGUCGUCCCGGGCCAUCGGUACCAGGUCCUCCAGGGGAGACUGGACUCAAAGGAGUUAAGGGACAAAAUGGCCUACCGGGCCAAAUGGGAGUGAGAGGAGAUCCUGGACCAGAUGGAUUACCAGGAUACGGACCACAUGGAUUGCCUGGAAUUAUAGGACAACCAGGGCAAAUUGGUGACCCUGGUCGAGCUGGAAACAAAGGUUCCCGGGGCCCUCCAGGAUUGACUGGGGACCCAGGACCCAGGGGUCCCCCGGGAGCUCCGUCGCCACAACCUAUAGAACUUACUGGCCCCCCAGGAGACCCUGGCCCACCAGGUGAACCUGGAGCAGUUGGUCCCUGGGGAGAUACUGGAAGUAUUGGAACAAAAGGACCAAGGGGAAAUACUGGAGCACCAGGGAGGCCUGGGGGAAGAGGUCCACCAGGCAACCCAGGUAUUCCAGCAUUCUUGAAAGGAGUACCUGGCCCCCCCGGGAUACCAGGAGAUCCAGGCCUCCAAGGCAAUCCUGGAUUAAAGGGACUAAAAGGAGAUCAGGGAGUCUCUGGAGAGCCUGGCACAAUUGGGGCUCCAGGUCCAAGGGGGUACAAAGGAGAAAAAGGAGAACCAAACUAUGAGGGGUAUGGCCCACCUGGACCGAUGGGACAAAAGGGGGAACCAGGAUUAAGCAACACACACACAAUGAAGGGUGCAAAAGGACAGCCUGGUAUUGUUGGAGAACAUGGUUUACCAGGAUUUAAUGGACUCAAAGGGGAACCAGGACCCAAAGGACAAAAUGGUUCACCUGGAUAUCAAGGACCAAGAGGUUCAGAUGGACCUCAGGGAAGCAAAGGACGGCGAGGACCCAAUGGACCACCAGGUACCCAAGGCCCACCAGGUGGUUUUGGGCCUCAAGGUCCCAGAGGCAAUCAGGGACAGGAUGGCAUCCCUGGACCACCAGGGGAGAAAGGAGAUACAAUUGUGAUCGAGGGACCACCUGGUUCACGUGGUGACCCAGGUCAGCCAGGUCUUUCUGGCAAUCAUGGUUUGCCUGGCCCACCUGGUCCAGCAAUUCCCGGAUUAAGAGGAGACAGAGGACCUCCUGGAUCAUAUGGGGUCUCAGGCCCCAGAGGACCACCGGGAGGAGAUGGGGCAUGUUACCCCGGGGCUAAAGGAGACCGUGGAAUCGAUGGCCAUACGGGUAGGCCAGGUUAUCCUGGUCCACCUGGACCUCCAGGCCCUCCUGGACCUGGACUGAAAGGGAACAGAGGAGACCCAGGCCCGACAGGGAGACCAGGUCACACUGGACCGCUAGGAGAUCCAGGCAAUCCCGGUCCACCUGGUCCAAGAGGCACACCUGGAAAUCCAGGACCAAGGGGUGACUCUGGUCCCACUGGAAACAAUGGGUACCCAGGUGACAAGGGGGACCACGGAUAUUUACCCGGCCCACCUGGUCCACCUGGGUCAAAGGGUUUUCCAGGACAACCUGGCAUCAAAGGUGAACCAGGAUAUGGCAGGGUAAUAUAUGAACCAGGACCCCCAGGCUUACAUGGUUCUCCUGGCAACCCUGGGCCCCCUGGGAACACUGGACCAGCCGGACCACCAGGCCAAACAGGUCUCCCGGGUAUUAAAGGAGUCCAAGGUUCCAGCCCGGUGGGGCCACCUGGAUUUACUGGGCACAAGGGAGACAAAGGAGCAUCAGGUUUGCCAGGUCAACCGGGCAGCUCUGGAGAUCCAGGCAACAAGGGCCAAAAGGGAGUACAAGGGGAAAGUGGCUAUGGCUAUGUGACCAGUUUCCUGAUUGCGCGACAUAGUCAGAGUACUCAGGUGCCUAGGUGCCCUGAAAGCACCACCCUUAUUUACGUCGGCUACUCUUUCCUCUUCAUCAACGGAAACGAACGAGCUCAUGGUCAAGACCUUGGCACCUCGGGAAGCUGUCUGCCUCGAUUCUCCCCCAUGCCCUUCCUCUUUUGCGACACGGAGACAAACUGCCGCUACGCUUCUCGUAACGACUACUCCUACUGGCUGUCCACUGAUGCGCCCAUGCUUCCCUCCAUGGUUGCCUUGACAGGAGAGCGGCUCUCCUCCCACAUCAGCAGGUGCGCCGUGUGUGAAACAAGCUCCAAUGUCAUAGCGGUCCACAGUCAGACAACUCUGCUACCAGAAUGUCCCAGAGGCUGGGAGUCCCUCUGGAGUGGAUAUUCAUUUGUCAUGCAAACAGGUGCUGGUGCAGAAGGCUCUUCCCAACCUCUAGUGUCUCCUGGGUCGUGCCUUGAACAUUUCCGCCAAGUGCCAUUCAUAGAGUGUCACGGCAGGGGGACGUGCAACUACUACCCUGAUUCGUACAGCUAUUGGCUGGCAUCCGUCCACCCUGACAUGUUUAGUAAACCCAUUCCCCAGACGGUGAAAGGACCUUCACGAGAAAACAUAAUUGGUCGCUGUCGGGUUUGCCGCAAGUAGUAGUAGCAACCUGAAGAAUGUGACGGAUGUACAAAUACUUUUGAGUGCACUUCACCACGCUCUGGUGACAAUGUUUCGCUUCCUUUGGUCCGCCCCAGGAAACAGCGUGUCGGGCUACAGUUCGGCUCAAAAUGAUGACACCUCGUCAUGAGAUCAAAUGAAAUCUUGACGAGUGACGACGAGACCUCGACUGGACAUGCUCAAAGUUUGUUUGCGUUCACAGCAUGCAAGGGGCGGGGCCUUUUCGUAGUAUAUGGGCGGCGGUGGGAGUCGGCAUGUGUUAAAGUACAAUUUACCUCAGGCGGUCCAUCAUCUUCAUUGCGCAAAUGUGCCUUGGACUCCAGGCAAUGAGAGGCGGCCCGAAAAGGUGCAUUUUUACAGUUUUAGGAAGGUUAGGUCAGAAAAUCAAUCCGUAUUGAUUGAAACAGUUGUCAUUUACCUACAGAACAUCUGCGCAAUAAUCAUGCUGUCUAACCAGCAUCUUGAUAUAGCACAUCUGUGAGGUGGAUUGGUAACUUGGCAAAGAAGUGCUCACAAAUGUUGGU